CACGAAUCCACAGCCAACUAGCCUCAGGUUUGGCGUGGGUGAGGUACAGCAAUCAUGUUCCGACUAGCAUUUCUUUCGUUGCUGUUCUUUGCAGCAUGUGAUGCCACAAUCUCAUGCAAAAGAGACUAUGAUAUGCUUGGAUGCUACGAGGAGUAUUCGCCAGGAACACUGCUCUUUAGCGACAGAAACAACAUUAAUUGGGGCGACAUCGAGGGCUACAUGAGAGGUCUUGCUUGCAAAUGUUCUCAAAAAGCUAAAGUAGACGGCUAUGCAGGAUUUGCUAUGCACUUCUGGGGUGAAUGCUACGGAAGGACGUCGGCCGAGCUCGCAGGGCUUGUUGCGAAAAGUCACAGUAGUCAUAAAUGUGUAGGAAACCAGAAAUACACUCAUUGUGAUGUAGCUGAACAUGAACAUUGUACAGGGGUUGAAUACGCUGAAGCAGUCUACAAAUUCAAGGCGUCAUCUGAAGAAAAUGUAAAUGGAGGUUUGGGUGAGUGGGAAGACUGGACACCUUGCGAUAAAUCAUGUGGCAGUGGCUUGCAGGUACGAGAAAGAAACUGCGACAGCCCUGUGCCAAAAGGGAGUGGCAAAGAUUGUUCCGAGCUCGGUCCAUUGUCAGAAACAAGAGUUUGUAAAAUAAAGGAAUGUCCAGUAAACGGUGGCUGGAGUUCAUGGACUUGGGGAGCUUGCAGCAAGUCAUGUGGAGGAGGAGUGAAGUACGCAAGUAGGACAUGCACCAAUCCUGCACCACAGAAUGGCGGCAGCAGCUGCGCUGGAGCUUCAAGACAGUCAGCUUCUUGCAACACACACGGAUGCCCAGUUAAUGGUGGCUGGAGUUCAUGGACUUGGGGUGCUUGCAGCAAGUCAUGCGGAGGAGGAGUAAAGUACGCAAGUAGGACAUGCACCAAUCCUGCACCACAGAAUGGCGGCAGCAGCUGCGCUGGAGCUUCAAGACAGUCAGCUUCUUGCAACACACACGGAUGCCCAGUAAAUGGUGGCUGGAGUUCAUGGACUUGGGGAGCUUGCAGCAAGUCAUGCGGAGGAGGAGUGAAGUACGCAAGUAGGACAUGCACCAGUCCUGCACCACAGAAUGGCGGCAACAGCUGCGCUGGAGCUUCAAGACAGUCAGCCUCUUGCAACACACACGGAUGCCCAGUAAAUGGUGGCUGGAGUUCAUGGGCUUGGGGAGCUUGCAGCAAGUCAUGCGGAGGAGGAGUGAAGUACGCAAGUAGGACAUGCACCAAUCCUUCACCAAAGAAUGGCGGUAGUGGCUGCGCUGGAUCUUCAAGUACUUCAACUUCCUGCAACACACACGGAUGCCCAGUAAAUGGUGGCUGGAGUUCAUGGACGUGGGGUGCUUGCAGCAAGUCAUGCGGAGGAGGAGUGAAGUUCGCAAGCAGGACAUGCACCAAUCCUUCACCAAAGAAUGGCGGUAGUGGCUGCGCUGGAUCUUCAAGUUAUUCAACUUCCUGCAACACACACGGAUGCCCAGUAAAUGGAGGUUGGAGUUCAUUUGGCUCAUAUGGAAGCUGCAGCAGGCCCUGCGGUGGAGGCACUCAAACACGAUAUCGAUCGUGCAACAACCCAAGUCCCAAGAAUGGAGGAGCAUCAUGCCCAGGUUCAAGUUCCCAGAGCACCAGCUGUAACACUUAUGUCUGUCCAGCCAUAAGCAGCUGUAGCUACAAGUACACAUCCUACCAAACACACAGCGAUGGAAAUAUGGUGUAUAUCGACCGUCACAGAAUGAACUGCGGUGGGAGCGGCAGUAUCUUGUCCAUGUUCCAUUUGCAAAGAAGUGGUGGGAAUAUACGCUACCAAUACAAAUGCUGCACCAUUCAGGGAUCUUGCUCAUUGCAGGGCAAACAAACAUCCUUCAGUGACGACGGUGGUGGUAAUCUUGUCUACUUGGACAGGCAUGGAGCUGAUUGCGGUAACUCUGGAUUUAUCAAUGAUAUCAGAGUUGAGAGGAAUUCUGCCCACAACAAAGUUCGUUACAACUACUAUUGUUGCAACCUUCCAAGCACAUGGGCAAGUCGUAGCACGUGCUACACCAGUUAUACUGGCUUCACGGAUGAUGGCGGUGGUAGGGUCUACUACCUUGACAGGCAGACAGUGUCCUGCAAUUCUGGUUAUGCAUUGUCUUACAUCAGGCUUCAACGCAACAGCAGCCACAACAAAGUAAGGUACCAGUAUCGCUGCUGCAAGGUCAACUAUUAACCAACUGGCCUCAGGUGAUGAAGAAAAGUAUUCUGCCUCUAUAGAACUGCAACAUAAACACCAACAUCAUUAUAUCAUAACAUUACUGAUUCACAUCAAAUAGCUGUUUAGUAUUUCAGAACAUGUAAUCGUUGGCUAAAUUUUGCUGUUCAUUUAACCAUCUACGUUAUUUCAUUCAUGAAAAAUCAAUAAGUAAAA